AUGAACUCCAAGAACAUGCAUACGGUGUUAGGGUUUCUGGGCAUUUUGCUUCUUCUUGGACAGUUAUAUUUUAGCAUGGUUCAAGGCGAGGUCCAUUUCUACGACUUUGUUCUUAAGGAGAAAAACUUCACGAAGCUGUGUAACACGGAGAGCAUACUAGUUGUAAAUGAAAGUUUUCCGGGGCCAGUAAUUCGGGUCCACAAAGGAGAUACAGUGUAUGUUAAUGUCCGCAACGAAGGAUACUAUGGAGUCACUAUUCACUGGCACGGUGUGAAGCAACCAAGAAAUCCGUGGUCAGAUGGUCCAGAAUACAUCACACAGUGUCCCAUUGAACCUGGAUCAAAUUUCACGUACGAGGUAAUAUUUUCUGAUGAGGAAGGAACCCUUUGGUGGCAUGCUCAUAGCGAUUGGACACGUGCCACAGUUCAUGGCGCCAUAGUUAUCUUGCCACCUGUUGGAUCCACCUAUCCAUUUGCCAAGCCGGAUGAAGAAGAGAUCGUUGUGCUCGCCGCCUGGUACGAUGGAAAUUUGAAGGAAUUGGUGGAUGAGGCCAUAGAAACCGGUGAUGACUUGCCACAUUCUGUUGCUAAUACCAUAAACGGUGAACCGGGAGAUUUUUGUCCUUGCUCCAAGGGAACGACAUAUCGUUGGAUGGUUGAUUACGGCAAAACCUAUCUUUUCCGGGUAGUCAAUGCUGUGAUGAAUGCAGAAGUCUUCUUUGCAGUUGCUGAACACAAUCUCACAGUUGUUGGGAUGGAUGCACAUUAUAUCAAACCCAUUUCCACAGAAUACAUCAUGAUAAGCCCCGGACAAACAAUGGAUGUCUUGCUCACAGCAAACCAACCUCUCGGCCACUAUUACAUGGCUAUUAGACAAUACUCAAGCGAAGACGCCUCUGUUGCCGACUUUGACCGCGUCAAUACAACUGCAAUUCUACAGUACAAAGGCAAUUAUACUAUCCCAUCAUCUCCCUCCUUUCCAACUGCACUUCCUCUUUACUUGGACUACAUGGCUGCCUUGACCUUCACCAGCCGUAUAAGGAGCUUGGCCAACAAAGAACACCCAGUAAAUGUCCCCCUCAACAUAACUGAGAGAAUGUAUAUUACAGUUUCCAUGAAUUUGCUUUACUGUCCAAUCUGUACAAGAGCGCAUGACAAUGAAACAUUGGUUUCAACCUUAAAUAACAUAACUUGGGUCAACCCAAGUACUGACGUGCUUCAUGCCUACUACAGGAAUAUCAGUGGGGUUUACACCACAGACUUCCCGGACUACCCGCCUUUAUUCUAUAACUUUACAGGUGAUGAGUUUCCGGCCGAUAACAUUUUAUUGACAAGCCAAGGGACCAAGGUGAAGGUGUUGAACUAUGGCGAGGCAGUGGAGAUAGUUUUUCAAGGGACUGCCUUGCUAAAAGGCUCGGUGAAUCAUCCGAUGCAUUUGCAUGGAUAUAGCUACUAUGUAGUUGGAACAGGCUUUGGUAAUUUUGAUAAUGAGACAGAUCCAAAAGGCUUUAAUUUGGUUGAUCCUCCUGAAUUGAAUACCUUUGGAGUUCCUAAGAAGGGAUGGCUUGCCAUCAGAUUUGUAGCAAAUAAUCCAGGUGUGUGGUUUUGGCAUUGUCAUUUUGAUCGACAUCUGAGUUGGGGUAUGAACACGGCAUUUAUAGUAAAGAAUGGGCCCACUACUGAGACAAGCAUCCGCCAGCCCCCUGCUUACAUGCCUUCUUGUAAAGUGCCGUUAAAAGUUCGGAUACAAAACAUCGAUGGGUUGGAUGAAGAAGAUAUGGAGAACCAAACAAUACUUGAUUAG